AUGAAGUCCUCCGCAGCUAUCCUCUUCCUCAGCCUCAUCCUCGCCGUUCUUUGUUGUUCCGUCCAGGCCCAUGGUCGCGACGAUCGCGGCGGCCGCGGCGGGCGGUUCCGCUGGCCCAUCAUCCUUGCAUCCGGCGAGUCUUCACUGAAAUCGUGCCCUCGCGUCUAUGGCGUCAGGGGGUCUGCUGCGAUCAAGAACUAUCAGUUCCAGAACGGCUCUUUGAUUCUCACCUAUCAGCUGCUCGUUACAGGAACCACCUCACCUCCCACGUCCCAGGCUGUGGUAACCGGCAAUCCCUGCGACACGCUGGUAACCCCAACCACUGUUACGGAUCUGCCCGGCACCUGGACUCCCACCUGGGUUCGCUGGGGCACGGCCUACACUCUGUACGGCAGCACUGACGGCACAGCGCUUAUGACCGGUCUGCAGAACACAAACGGCCGUCGCCGCGCGCCCAAGAUGUUUAUUGUGUUCCGUGGUAACGGCACGAUCUCUGGGAAGCUGGACUUCUGGUAG